AUGGCGAAUCCUUGGUGGGUAGGGAACGUUGCGAUAGGAGGCGAGAGUCCAGUGACGUCAUCAGCUCCUUCUUUGCAUCACAGGAGCAGCAAUAAUCCGACUAUGACCCGGUCGGAUCCAAGAUUGGACCAUGACUUCAACAGUGGAAGCCCUAACACUCAAACUCAUAACAGCCAAGAGGAGCAGGACGAGUUACCCGCCGUCGAACAUGGAUCUGGAACCGGGUCUACGGGUCGACGUCCGAGAGGGAGACCACCUGGUUCCAAGAACAAGCCCAAGAGUCCAGUGAUUGUCACCAAAGAAAGUCCCAACUCGCUGCAAAGCCAUGUCCUCGAGAUCGCCACGGGUGCUGACGUGGUGAAAAGCUUAAACGCGUUUGCUCGUAGACGCGGGAGAGGCGUUUCUGUUUUGAGCGGUAGCGGUUUGGUCACUAAUGUUACUCUGCGUCAGCAUGCUGCAUCUGCAGGAGUUGUGUCUCUUCGUGGUCAGUUUGAAAUCUUGUCUAUGUGCGGUGCUUUUCUUCCCACUUCUGGUUCUCCGGCUACAGCUGCUGCUGGUUUAACCGUUUACUUAGCUGGAGCUCAGGGUCAGGUUCUGGGAGGUGGAGUUGCUGGUCCGCUUAUUGCAUCUGGACCGGUUAUUGUAAUCGCUGCAACGUUUUGUAAUGCUAGUUUCGAAAGGUUACCAGUUGAAGAUGAGCAGCCUCAACCAGAACUAGAAGAAGCGAAUAAGGAGAAAGAGAGUGAUGAUAACAAGAGUGAGAAUGAUGGUUCUAUGCAGGCACCGCCAAUGUAUAAUGUAACUCCUAGUUUUGUGCCAAAUGGUCAUCAAAUGGCUCAAGACGUGUUUUGGGGUGCUCCUGCGCCUCGUGCCCCUCCUUCAUAUUGAUAGUUAGAUAGGGUGAUGGUUGCAUGUGAUCUUGUAGCUGAGAUGGUUAUGAUUUCCAUCUGUUGAAGUCAUUAGGAUGGUUAGGCUUUUGUUUAUUAAGCUCUCAAAAGAUUUCAUUUUUUUUGCGGGUAAUGAGAUGACAUUUAGCUAGUUGUAUUGUUUUGUGGUGGUGAUAUUACUGGUAUUUCUGACUGAUUAUUUUGAUCGCGGAAGUUUAGCUGAUUGUAGAAUUGCAUUUGAGCUUUGAUGUUUAAAACCUGGGCUUUUGUCUUUAAGAGAAAUGGUGUGUGGCUUCUACAUUGAAAGCAUUAUUACCAAUACUAUCAUUCAACUCUCAAUGUUGG